UUCCAGUUCGUAGGUUGACACUCAACCACUGAGCCACACCAGCCGGGCUGACGCCACUGUUUUUGUUGACAUCUCCUCUGCUUUUCAUGGCCUCACUCAGGGUUUGGCCAGACCAGCAGGGAAUAACCUCUGAAAUUAAAAUAAUCCCCUCAUUUAAUUAAACCAGCUUUGCUGAGUGUGGGGACCUUGAGAUCAUAGAAACCUGCUUUAGAACAGGUAUCUUCUUCAAAUUGCCUUUUGAAAUCUGUUUGUCUUAACCGUAAAGUAGUCCUCUGAAGCAGGAACCUACCUGGAAUCCUGGUUAGUGGCUCUAAUUAUGUAUGAUUUCGUUGUGUGGCUCAAACACAAAGCCUGACCAGCCUUCCUCCCUGAACUUUUAGCUACUAGUCUCUCCACAUUUCUGUCCUUGUAUUUCAUUAUGAACGUAAAUUUGCUUUUGAUCAACUGUCAAACCUUUAAAGGGUCUCCGAGGGGCCCGGAGCCCGAGAAGGGGAGAUGGAAUGACCCACGAUGAUCAGGUUGCCAGGGGUGCUCACGCGCUCCUGAGCGCAGCGGAACUCAGAACUGCGGGGCGAGGCUGCCGUCCAGUGUUGAUGUCACACAGCUCGGCCCAAUGAGCACAGACGCCAAGCUGGCCAGUGGCUGUCCAUUCUGCUGCUCCGGUGGGGCCGCGAGCUCUCCAAACGGACACCUUAGCCGCUCCCUGGAGGACAGAAUUUCCUUUCUCGAGUGGAAGGUGUGAGGAAUUCCUGAUGAGAUGUGCUGCUCCCGGAAGUUUGUUUUAAUCGUGUGUUUUCUUUUCUGCUGGCUUCCAUCCUGCAGUGGCGACCUGGACAGUAAAACUUCUGAAGUCCUCACCAUAGCCAUGAUCAGCAUUGGCGUCGGCAUCCUGGUGGCCCUGCUCGCGCUGAUAGGUGUCAUCAGCUGUCUUUACUUCAAAGUGGCCAGGGCAUUGAAAGUUUCAAAACCACCUUUUUGUUUGGCCUUAAAAAAUCAUCCGUCCGUGGUCACCCAGGACAAGAUCUCCGCAGCCCCGUCCAUCACCGCCGGCUGCUACCCCAACCUCCAGUUCUGCGAGGAGUGCCCCUUGUUCACCGACUUCGACUGCCUGCCGCCAUGCUUCUGCGACGUGAACGAGGGCCUCUGACUCAGGUGGGCACGGAUCCUUCCGGAGCCACCUUUCCUUCUUAGUAGCAUGUUUUAU